GUUCAACACUAUGUAUGUAGUAUGUACAUGUAAGAACAAACAACAUUGAACCUUGAAGAUAGCUAAUGAAAUGUCACUACGUAGGAUCUUGGUGGUUCCUUCAAAGUUCACCCCUCUCUCCUUCGUGUACUUUCUCGGGCUCGCCGAUAUCUUGCAAGCUUUCCGCUUCCCUUUGUCUAUCUUGGGAUCUUUGUUCGCAAACUCUCCAACCUGAAGUUCAGUGUUCCUACAGCGAUCCUAUUCCUUUGUUGGCAAAAUGUCUCAUAAUCCUUUGUCUCACACCCGUCAAUCUUGCUAUUGUUUACCAGCAAUUCCCUAUUAUGAGAGUAAUAAACAUUCAACUGCCCCCUUUCAUGCAUCUUUCAUUCAUUUCUUUCGUAUUGUAUUUCGUUCCAUCCUCCCUCAAGCUGACCAGUUCAGCUAUUCAUUAAACCUAGAGUGUGAUGUUGUGAUCCCUCGAGGGUGGUCUAGUGACUAUGACUUCGGGGGUCGGGAGUUUAUACUCAUUCUUUACCAUGUCCCUAUCAAAGCUCUG